GUAGGAAGGGGCGACUUCGGGGAAGCGGGCGGCCGCGAUGACGCGGCGAACCUAAUCCCGACGAUUGAGCGUUCGCAGAUCCGUUGGUCCCGCGGGUCGUCCACCUGGGAAGCGUACGAUAAUCGUACGAUGAUGCCGCUCGCGCCGACGCCAAUCGUCCCGGUGCCAUCUAAGCCGAAGAUCGGCUUUAGCAUCGACUCGAUCGUCGGCGGCGGGCAGGGCGGCCGCGAGGCGGAUCGGCUGGAGCAGCGAGUCGAGAUCGAUGGCAGUCCGUCGAUGGAGAUAGUUGAGGGCUCGUCCUCGCCACGGGCGCGCCGGGCCACGAGGUCACCCGGCGCGCAUUCCGAGGGCUCCGAUCGGCCUGUUUCCCGGAGUUCUUCCGUCGAGUCGUACCCGAACUCACGCCGGACCCCGUCGCACGCCAGCGUCGUUAUCGGUGGCGCCGGCAGCCACCAUCAUCUUCACGCCGUCAACCAUCACGUUCACCCGCAUCAUCACAAUCUCUCGGCAGCGGCGCACCUGGACUUCGCUCGGACGACCGUUCACAGCCACAGCGACGGCUCCACGCCCAACAACAGUCCGAGCCCGCCGCACAGGAUACCGCACGGGGACUCGCCGAUCGGCUCGCACCCCCAGCCGCCCCCGGGGGUGGUCAGGCCUAGCCCAAACUACCUCGCGCCGCCGUCUAACGCCGCGACGGCCGCGGUCAUGGCUGCGGAGCAGCUCAAGUCCCUGUACGCACUGCCCGGCGCCCACAGUCCCGCGGGCCCGCAGGCCGGCCAGAACGAGUAUCACACGCAGCAAUUGGCGCUCGCGGCCAAUUUGGCCGCGGCCCAGCACUUCCAGGCGGCGAAUAUCGCGGUCGCGCUCCAGGCGCAUCACGGCGCGGCGCCCCACGGACCGCCGCACGGGCCUUAUCCGCACGGCGGAGCCCCCGGUGGGCCGCAUCCGCCGCCUCAUCCUCAUCAGCCGCCUAGAGACAGCUAUCCCCUGUACCCAUGGUUACUCUCGAGGCACGGGAGGAUCUUUCCCCAUAGAUUCCCCGGAGGUCCCGAUAUACCCGGCUUCCUACUUCAACCCUUCAGGAAACCGAAGAGGAUAAGGACAGCCUUCAGCCCAAGUCAACUUCUUAAACUGGAACACGCCUUUGAGAAAAAUCACUACGUCGUCGGCGCAGAGAGAAAGCAGUUGGCGCAGGCGUUAUCGCUGACCGAAACUCAGGUGAAAGUAUGGUUCCAGAAUCGGCGGACAAAACACAAGCGAAUGCAACAAGAGGAAGAGGCGAAGGCCCAACAGCAGUCAGGUGGUGGAGGUGGCGGUGGUGGAGGCGGAGGUGGCGGCGGCAAUGGAAACGCCAACAACAAUAGCAACAACAAAAACACUCAUCACGUUAGCAAAUGGCAGCAAGAGACUGGAGACUACCAUCAUGAGGAGGACGAGGAAGAGGAACACAUCGAUCCGGAAGCCGAGGAGUGUUCGAGUGGCUCUGAAGCGUAGCUAGACGUUCUAUGCCUGGACUAGGGUCCAGGAACGAACAGAUUGUCCUAAACAGACUCCUAGGUAACUCGACGAUCGAGGUGGAAGGUUGAGAGGAUGAGAGGUAGUGUCCGGCUUUUCCGAAGACACGCCUAUUUAUUACUCUGAUCAGCAUAGAUUUGUUCGAGUUUCAGCCAAGUGUCGAAAGACGCACUCUGAAAUCGCAACGAUUUACGAUCGUGUUCACGUACAGGAGGUUACGAACAGUGAGUGAAUUCUCAUGGAAUAGUGAUCUUCGUAUCGAGUUACGGCCGAGGGUACAAAUCCCGUUACGAAAUAAAAGUCGGAAGUUUCGGAGCUGGUCGACGCCGGUCGUUCGACAGCGACCGACAACGGUACAGUACUUAUCAUAUUACGACUGAAAGUCGACCAGAUAUCGCGUACAUGAGAAUGAUUGAUGGCAGUUUUAAAGGUCCUGAAGAGAUAUCUUUUGGUCGACGUGAUUGCGAUAGAGAAUUUGUAAAAUUCUAUUCCGAAUUGUCGGAUGCGUCGACGGAGUAAACAUACUAUUGUAGGGUCUAAUCAUUUUGAUAUUUUGGAAAUAUACAUAUUUUAUGUAUUUCUAAGUAUAACAGUUGAAUCUGAAAUAACUAUCAAGUCCCAUUUCACGAUUAACUAUUUGUGCUGGACUGAAUUGACUUCACACACACAUACAUAAAUAUGUAAUAUAUGUAUUUCAAAAUACACAAAAUGGGGCUCGGCCCUUAAAAAGGAUUCUAUAUCGCAUGUUUAUUCGUCGAUACGCGACGCUACGAGAGGCAGGAGUGUCUCUUGCUCUUUUCUUCGUUUGACCGGAAUCACGAUAUAGUUCCUCGGCAUUUCAGUUUCGCAGCGUUGCCGCAGGCCAAGGAACAAUCGCGGAAAUCCGUAAAUAUCGUCGCGAUUAGAGGGAACGAGACGUUCUCAGGCCAAGACCAUCUUAUAACGGGUUCGGAAGAAGCGACGGAGAAAUCGAAGGCGUCUAUCGGAAACCGACUAAUGGAGGCAUUGUUUGCCGGAGACGACGGAGCUAAAUGGACGCGUUUCCGGCGGAAAACGGCGAUGCUCGUAUCAAGAACGAUCGAUGCCAACUUUAAUAGCGCGGAUCAUUUUUUGGUUGACUGGUCGAAACCGUAAACAUUUUUGCGAUCUUCGGGGCAAAAGUACUUUUCAUUUAACCCUUUGUUGCAUAGCGAUUCCGAACGGGAGCACCUAUUUCCUUGUAGCUUUUCUACGUUUUUACGUAUCUAAUAAUCGAUUUGUGUGACAUAUUUGAUAGAGGUGCAGGUUCAAAUCCUGGCGGAGGUAUAAUAUUUUUCGCAAUAAGAUUACUUUUCUUCUUUGAAGGGGAAUGGUAUAGAAUGUUAGUUGGCGUCAAUACAUUCAUUUGUCUAAAUAUCAUUUAUUUAAAAGUAUGCACUGUUCCACCAAAGAAAUUGUUUUAAGACCGAAAGUGCUCGGCACGCAGGACGUGUUGCAAACGGUACAUAAAAAUUCACACAAUAAACUAUUGGACUAACUACUUACUAUUGAAUGUGUGAAUGUAGUUAAGGAACGGGAAUAAAAAGUUUAGAAAUCACAUGAUGGUGGAGUAAACUGCGUAAACAGAAAGUACCAGUGAAAACGUUUGCGGAUAAGAUUGCAACGUGGAUAAGAUUGCAAACUAAUUUUUUAAUUAACUUUAACUUUUUAGUUGUUGGUCCGAAAACAACUGACCACGCUGAAAGAGAAUGUACGGGUACUCAAGAAAGCGAAACUGAAUGAAAAGAGUACAGGAAUUUUUCUCUCGGAAGGAAACCUCCCGGUAACCUCCUGGGAGCAUCUCGUCCCCUCUAUACAUACGUAGAGGAGAAUCCAACGCCCAAAAAUGGAGUUUAUCUCUGGUGGCACAAGCCAAUGCACACUGGCCAGUCAUUUUAAGAAACCGACUCCUUCCAGAUAAAAGCACGUUGAUAAGCAUAGAGAUUUCUGGAAGAGACUGGGUGAAAAGUCCAGAAGUGGACUGAAAUAGAAUUCAAUCAAUUGGCUGUGAAAGAAUCCGUUGUGUUAAUUUUUCAAUUUUGCUGAAUUCAGAUUUGAAAUUAGCAGCCCUAACCUUUAUAUAAUUUAUAUAAUUCAACAAAAGAUGUCCAACAAAAAGAUUUAUGCAACAAAGGGUUAACAGUUUACUCUUUCUUACUUUCGAAAUUUUCCUUUAGGAAGAAAACGGAAAAACCGCUUUCCAGUUAAAUAGUUACUUAGAAAGUCGCACGUAAUAUAGUUUGAAACGAUUAUUAAACUUAGAAAAUGAUUCGAAUCAGACCAGCAGUUGCUGACGCGGAUUGGAUUGGGAUUGGCGAUUGUCUGCUAGCCAAUAAAAGCAGCCGGCGAUUUAAUCGACUCUCAUUGGCUAGAGAACAAUCGUCAAUCGCCAAUCCCAAUCCAAUCCGAGGCAAUUACUAGUCUGAUUCGGCUUUUAGAUGAGGAUCGAUCGUCCGCUACGAUACAUCGUUCGAAUCGCCGGUCGCCAUCAAGGCGCGCCGUUGACGUUCAUUGCAAUUACAUAUUUCUUGCCAUAAAAAAACAAUUCGCCAUACAAAUUAACUCGCGUCGGGUGAUGUAAAUAAGUGUAAUAGGAAAGAGAGAGAGAGGGAGAGAGCGAUCCUGGAGUCGUUCCUGUAUAUAGGAACAUCCUGACGCUUCUCGUUUCGAAGGCGAUUGUAAAUAGAUAGAACUGAGGAGAGUUACACGAGAUACCCUGAAUACAUGUUUGUAUGCAGACUCGUAAGUAAAAAAAAAAGACAAAAUUUGACAGCAAGAGUGCCAAACUUAGUAAACCUUUAGCGAGAGAAGAAUCCAGUGUAAACGAGUAUUUGUAAUUGUAUUUAAGUCGUUAUUCUACGCGAGCGAGCAGUAUUUCUUUCAUCGAUGUUUCCAGAUAUGUAUUAAAUUAUUAUUAUUAAUGUUAUAAACCGGGACUCCGUGCGCCAUAACGGAGCCGUCGCAGUGGCAGGAUAUCUCGGAAUCGUGAUAUUGAUGUAUCGACAUGUUAAGUCGGUAUUUUAAUAUUAUCGAACAGCGCGUCGCGCCGUGUUACACGAGUCUCACAAUCAGAUCUUAACUCGAUAAGUUUCCUUAUUAAUUUUGUAGAAAUCUCUGUUCCUCUACCUAAGAAAGAGACGUCGAGUUUCAUGCAGGAGACACAGGCCAACUCCGCUCAAGAGUCCGACUGGUUGUGGCGCAAGGAUUUUCGCUUGUAAAUAAUCCUGUAAAUAGAAAAUUGUGAUUUUACUCGACGUGCAGAGCCAUAGAAUUGUAUGAAUGACUCAGCUCGUGUUCUUUAGCAAUAUAGUGAAAUAAAUUAAACUCAUGCGA